ACUUCAUUCGCGUGCUGCUUUGCGGAGUGAUGUCACUUGCAAAAUGGCGGCGACUCAGGCGGGUCCCGGUCAUCUGCGGUGCUCCGUUCUGAUAUUGUACGGGGAGAUCCGCCGGGGGCCUGGUCUUGUGCGCAGGGCGGUGAGUGAGCUAAAGAGAGGCUUCUGUUCAUGGGAUAUCGAUCCAUCCUUCUGUAAUCUAGAUGAGCAACUAAAGUUGUUUGUAUCCCGUCACUCUGCCAGUUUCUCCUCAGAUGUGAAAGGGCAGAGAAGUCUUCAUCAUGCAGGGGAUGUUUUAGAGACAAAUGUUCUGAUUAACCCUUCUAAGAAGUCUCUGUGUGAAGAGAUUCAUAAAUUGAUUUGCUGUGAGUCUCAACACAAGUUACUGAUUUUCAUUGGCCCAUUCCUGGAAGGAAAUUGGGAGUUACUCCUCCAAGGUGGUGAAAACUUCUCAGUGAAAGACUUUAUCCAGAUAUUUGCUGACAAGGAGAUUGGAGAGAUUCUGAGCCUGUCUGACCCCUCUACACAUGCCAACCUAACUGUAACCUGCCCCCAAAACUGGGAUGUGUCUCAGCUCGAUAAAGGGAGCCUUCAGGAUUUCAUAGAGAUGAGAUUUAACCCAGCACAGCUGUUGCCAGAGACAGAGGGUUUGCAAGAGCUGGCAGAAUACCUUUCAGAGUCCUUGGAACCUUCCUCUCCAUUUGAGCUGCUUGAGCCUCCCUCUACUGUGGGCUUUCUGAAACUUUUUAAACCAUGCUGCUAUGUAUUCCCUGGAGGCAGAGGAGACUCUGCCUUUUUUGCUGUAAAUGGGUUCAAUAUGCUUAUUAAUGGGGGUUCAGACACUUUAUCUCCUUUUUGGAAACUGGUACGCCAUUUGGACAGAAUAGACUCUAUCCUUCUAACUCAUAUGGGCACAGACAGUCUGCCUGGGGUCAACAGUUUGUUACUGAGAAAGAUAGCUGAGGUUGAAGAGGAUCCUUCUCAAGGUCCACAAGCUAAUGAGGAGUGGUUGAAGAACUUGGUUUCUCCAGAGCUAGGUGUUGUGUUUUUCAACACUGCAGAGAAGUUAAUCAACCAGGAGGAUGAUCCCAGUGUAGUAAGGUGUAAAGAAGAAGCCAUACUCGCUCUUUGUUGUUUGGAAAAACUGGGAAUUCAGCCAGAGCCACUACACCGAGUUAAUGUGCCAUUGGUGGAACCGACAAUCCUAUUCCAAAAGAUGGGAGUGGGACGGCUGGAAAUGUAUAUACUGAAUCCUGUCAAAGGCAGCAAAGAACUGGAAAUUCUGACCAAGCAGUGGACUGGAUCUGAGUCACUGUCGGGCACAGAUUUACCCCUCACUUGUCUAGCAUCUGCCUGUGUCCUUCUAGUUUGGCAUCCAGUCUCUUUCUCUGAGAAGAUUGUACGUGUUCUGUUCCCAGGAUGUACUCCACAGGGCAAAAUUCUGGAGGGGCUUGAGAAAUUAAAGCACUUGGAAUUUUUAAAAGCACCAGUGAUAACUCGUAAAGAUCUGGAGAUAGUUGCUGAAUAUAACCUUUCAGAGCGAAAUAGCACCAAACCCAAACGAACAGAGAGUAAGGAGAGCUUGAGAUCUGGAUCUGGUAGGCAUAGUGCCGAACUUAAGGUGAAACAUGAGAGAAAGGAGACCAAACUAGAAGUGAAGGAAAAAAGUAAGACUCUCACAGACUCCAUUAAAGAUGCAGGCGAUAAAACAAAGGAAGCCAAGAGUAAAGCAGAAGGUAUAACUGAGAAAUCAAAGCCUGAUUCAAAGUUCAAGGCGAGCAAAGAUAAGGUAACCAUUAAGAAAGAUCAACCAAAAGAGGAAAAGAAGCCUCCGGUUAAGAAAGAGGAGACCAUAGCUGACAGUAAAAAGGAGCCCACAAAACUGGAAGCCAGGAAAGGCGUAAGACACUCACUGAAUGUGGGAAAGUUUGAAACUCCAAAGAAGGAUGAUGCCAAGAAAGAGAGCAGAAGUGAUGAUGGGAAGACAGUCAGGGCAAGUGGCAAAGAUCUUAAGAAACCUGCAAUCACACCUGCAGACUUCAAAAGACCCAUGUCCAGAGCUGGCUCCUUAAGAAAGGAAACUAUAGUAACCAAGAAGGAAAAUAGCACCAAUGCUAAGAUUACAGAAAAGGGCAAAGUUAAACCUCAGAAGAAAGAGACUGGAGCAGAAUCUGCAAAACCAUUACUGGUUUAUGCUGAAGAUAUCAACCCUUGUAGUACCUUGGAUAGGAAUCAAGAGAUAGAAAAGAAUUAUGAGAACGGAGUUUGUGACCCCAAAUUAAAUGGAAAUCUCAAAAACAAUGAUCCUGAAGCUGUGUGUGUUGUGAAUGGACUAUGCUCAGUAGAGCCAGAGAGCCCCAAUGGAUUUCGCUAUUUGGAGACAAGUCCUUUUAAAAGUUUAGCCACAAUAUCCCCUCUUGCAAAAACUCCUAAAAAUGAACAGAGUGUCAAUUUUGACUUGACACCCACAGGCUUAGAAAUACAAGAAAAGGGCAAAGUUGCACAGCAUGGAGCAGAUGGGUUGGAGGAUGCCUAUGGUAGCUCUGAAGAGAGAACACUGGAGAUGGCAUCUCCAGCAAGCUCAGGCAAUCACUCCCCAGCAAUUGUUGAUCACAAUGAAGAUCACUCCAUGCCAUCUGGAGAAAGCAAAGGUUUAAACAUGUCAUCCUGGAAGGUACCCCCCAAAUCUUCACAAGAGAAUUCAAACUCCUCUCAGGGUAGGCAGACCAGUUGCUUAUCCUUGAGCCCCUUUCGAGACGAUGUUCCUGAUGUAUCUCCAACUAUAACAACUACCUCUUUGCCUGCUGAGGUGGGCUCACCACACUCUACUGAAGUAGAUGAAUCUUUGUCCAUCUCAUCUUUUGAACAGACCCUACCCCCAGUUAGGGAAUCUCCUAGAAAUGUCUCGCCUGUUGCUCCUGCUCCAAAUAGAGGAGGGUUGACACUUCCUGUACAUCCUACACACUCUGCUGAAUUCGAUGGGCAGUCUGAAAGGUCUGCAUCCCCCCAUGAUGUUGACUUAUGCUUGGUAUCUCCGUGUGAGUUUGAACACCCUAAAUCAGAAGCUGCACUCAGCCCACGUGACAGUGACAGUGAUCCUUCGCAGGAACUUGCCAAACCUACAUGCUUGACUAAAGACACCCAAAAUGGGUCUGAGACACCACCAACUUCAGUCAGUGAGUCUUUGCCAACCAUCUCUGACUCAGGACCAGAUGAAUGCCCUUCUAUAGCUCUGGAUGGAGAGUCAGAUGCAGAGAACACGCCAAAAAGUCUGGACCCCAUCCCAACACCUCUGCAUGACCCCUACCCUGUUCCACCUCACCCAGGCACAUGCAUGGUUGACCCAGAAACUAUCCCUGUAAACCCCAAGGAAAAAAAGCCUCAAACACGGCCCUCAUCCACUAACCUUAAAAAUGAUAGUAGUAAAGUGAGAGGGACACCUGGCAAGCCUCGAACUACUGGAACAAGUAAGGGAGCUGUGGGCAAGAGUGAAACAUCAGACAGGGCACCACACUCUGGGACUCGAUCAAAAUCCUCUCUGAGCAGAAGUUCUGCUAAUGCUUUAAAACCUACACCUGUAGCAAGUCGCACAUUUUCAGCAGCUCAUGGCUUACCACAUCACUCUGGCUCCUCUCCACCAUCUCCUCCAGUGUAUGUUGACCUUGCAUAUCUGCCUGGAGGUCCCGGAGCCCACACCGUGCAGGAGGACUUUUUUAAGCAGGUUCGCUCCUCUUGCUAUGUUAUCAGUGGAGAUGAUCCAGGCAAGGAAGAGGUUACCCGCAGAAUCCUCGAUUCACUGCUAACCGGUAUAAGUCACUGGUCUCAAGAAAUAAAGGUGACCUUGAUACCAACAUAUGAGUCUGCAGUAGUCCAUGAAUGGUAUAAUGAUACUCAUGCUCUCCAGCAGUCAUUGGGAGUAACUGUUUUGGGCAGCACCAGCGGUGUGUCUAUGCAGGGUGAAACCUUUCGUGCCUGCAAAGUGGAAUUCUGAAUUCCUCCAGCAUUCCCAGUCCAUAACUGGACAGUGCACCUUGUGUUUGCUACAGGCCAUUUCAAGUUUUUUUUGGGCUGUGUGUUGAGUGGCACACACUUCACUGGCUGUUGUUGCACAUGCUUUAUAAACAGUAGCUGGCACACUGCAUCAAUCACUAGUUGUAGAAGCCUCCACUCUGCUACUGUACAACCUCACAUAAGACUGUUAUUUUCUCUUCCUUUCUGGGCUGCCACUGUGAUGAUGGUAAAUGUCUUUGAUGAAAAUUUACUCAAUCGCAAAUUGAGCUUCAUCACCAAGGAUGGAAAUUGGUGGCAUGUGAAUGACCGUCAUUUUUUUAUUAACAGCCACGUCACAACAAACGUUUCACAGCAAACGUUCCAUUUCACUUUUUGAUGUUUACAGGUUAUUGUUGUGAUGGAAUUAUUUGCUUAACCAUGUUUACUGCAAGAGCUGCAGUUUAUUUUAGCAGCAAAGACUUAAUUGUGCUCACAGAGGUAACUCCUUGUCCUGUUCCACAUUUAUGAGAGAGGUUGUAGAAACACAAGGACAAAGAUUACCUAUUGUUUCAGUGACCACAAACUCAUCUGUUUUCUUGGAACUUACUCAGAACUCUGCUCUGAAUAACCUAGUGGACUAAAGAUUCAAUGUUUGGAAGCUAUAUGCAUUCCAAGUACAAAAAAUGUGCAUCGUAGGGUUGUCAGAUAUUAUUUUUUUUCUUACAUUCACAACUCAAAGCUGUCCUCGGCUUCUUGGGGAAGUGUGUGUUUUUUUGGUAGGAAAUUCAUUUCCAAAAACAAAAUACUAUAGUUUGGAAGAAAACAUUAGUGGUAAUAAAAAAGGAUGGACAUUUAUUUGAUAAAUCCAGCCAGGUUUUUUUUACAAUUUAAAAUGGACAACGUUAUCGAUUUGCUAUGGGGUUUGAAAGCACAUGCACAAUGUGAAUACAGCAUGAAAUCUUUUUCUUGUCUGCUUUUGCUUUCCCAGCACUGCAUGUUCUUCAGUUUAUGGCUGGCAUCCUUGACCAAAUUCAUAUCGAUCAUGAACCAUAUUGGCUCAGAUUAAAAAUUUAAUUAAAGCUCUCCUUUAUCUUUGAUGAUAAAAAGAUUAACUACCCAUAGACCCAAAGUAUUUUUACGGUUUAAUAUUAGCAGGCCAUCUUUUACAUUUAUUAUGUACUGUGCUACACAAUUCACUUGAAGGAAAAAAACGGUCCAUUGUUUCCAUAGCCCUGGUUUUUGUUUGUUAUUUAUUUUUAUACAUGUAUUCUUGAAACUUCAUAUCUGUCCAGUACUACCCCUGUAUUUAAUAUAUAUAUUCUUUUCAUGGUGCAGAAUAAAAUAUACAUAUUGAGAAAUGUUUCUCACGUAAACAAUAAUAUUUUGUUUCCAGAGCUCCCCAUAAUUUAAGGGUAUAAUUUUUUUUUUCAAUUAAGUAGUAUUGAAUGAUAAUGGAUUUUCUCUGGUUGUAUUGAAGUCUAGGAUUUGCCAAAUUAGAGCCAGCCAGGUCAAAUUUAUGUAAAUAAGUCCAAGUUAGAGCAGCUAAAUAACACUCCAUAUCAACUUUAAAAGGCACUUGUUCAUGGAUGUGUGUGCCUUGACCAUUAUUAUAAAGAAAGAUGGGGACCAAUGUUUACAUAUUUUUGGUAUUCUAGGGAUGCACCGAAUCCAGGAUUCAGCCUUUGUAGGCAGGAUUCGGAUUCAGCCGAAUCCCUAUCAGAUUAACUGUGUAUAUUGGGUAUGGGUUUGUCAUUACAGGGUCUACAUCCAAUUGCUGUAAGCAGUUAACAAUUGUCCUUCAAACAAUAGGUCUUAUUGUUUUAAAAUCAAUGAAAUUAAGGGCCAAAAACAGUUUUUUUGCAGAAUUAUCUUCAUUCUGUUCCAAUUGUCUAUCCCUAUUCUGUCCCUUAACCAGAUUUGUCCAAAUUAUAUUUCAUUCACUUGCUCUUCCCACGGGUUGAAUAUCCAUGCAAGAAUUCAGGUUUUUGUAAGCUCAAAAUGAGAUGUGGUUCAAUGUCGUUUGGUUUAGACUUGCAUUGUCUGCCAGUUAACCAGUACAUGUAUGGGAUCCUUUAUCCAGAAACUUGUUAUCCAGAAAGCUCUGAAUUAUUUCCUUUUUGUCUGUAGUAAUAAAAUAGUAUCCUGUAUUUGAUCUGUACUUAGAUAGAAUUCAUCCUUGUUGGAAGCAAAACCAGACUAUUGGGUUUAUUAAAUGUUUCCAUGAAUUUCUAGCAAACUUUAGGUAUAAAGAUCCAAAUUAAGGAAAGAUCCAUUAUCCAGGUCCCGGGCAUUCUGGAUAAUAGGUCCCAUACCUUUAUUAUGAUCAGCAAUGUAUCUAUCAUGUCUAAACAUUAAACAGCUUUGCAGGUAAUGUGAAUGCUUUUCUACUUCCUAUCCAUUUAUCCAUCUGUAGAAAUAUGUGGAGACUGGGAGGGGAGGUUAUUUGCAACAGGCCUCCCAAUGCAUUUUACAACAGUGCCCAUAAUAUUGUUUGGCUGGUUGUUCUGUGUGUCACACUAGAUAAGAUUGAGCCCCACCUGCCAGGGAAGCCCUCUGGGUGGUGAAAUGUUUUUUCCCAUAUAGAUCGGACAUCUUUUUGCAAAAAUGUUAUAUGGGAUCCUUACUGUGAAUUCACUUGGAUUUUGGACAAGUAAAUUAAAAAAAUAUAUUA